CGGAAAAUGUGGGGCUUAAUUCCUGUGUUGGACUGUUCCCAGCUGCUGCGCUUUUGCCCUUCGCAGUGCAAACCCGCGCUGUGCUCCAUCACGACCUCCGACCCCCGGCUGGACUCUCCGCUCCGCACCAUGUCGGACCAAGCUUUUGUGACACUGGCCACAAAUGACAGCUAUGUGAAGGGAGCGCUGGUCCUGGGUCAGUCGUUAAGAAGCCACAACACCACCAGGAAGCUGGUCGUACUCAUAGGGCCACACGUUGCAGAGCCCUGCAGGGAUGCGCUGGGCUCCGUUUUCGACGAGGUGUGCGUGGUGGACGUGGUGGACUCGGGCGACGCGGCUCAUCUGGCCCUGAUGAAGCGUCCAGACCUGGGAGUAACCUUCACCAAGCUGCACUGCUGGACUCUCACGCAGUACAGCAAGUGUGUGUUCAUGGACGCAGACACACUGGUGCUAUCAAACGUAGAUGAGCUCUUUGAGAGGGAGGAGCUGUCGGCGGCGCCGGAUCCGGGUUGGCCCGACUGCUUCAACUCUGGGGUCUUCGUCUUCAGUCCGUCCAAGAAGACGCACGAACAGCUCCUCGCGUUCUGCGCUGAAAACGGCAGCUUCGACGGUGGAGAUCAGGGGGUUCUCAACAGUUUCUUCAACACAUGGGCGACGGCAGACAUUUCCAAACACCUUCCCUUCAUCUACAACCUGAGCAGCAUCUCCAUCUACUCCUACCUGCCCGCGUUUAAACAGUACGGUCACGGGGCCAAGGUGGUGCACUUCCUGGGCAAAGUGAAGCCUUGGAACUACGCCUACGACGCCCAGAGGGGCGAGGUCAAAGGUCACUCCCAGUCCGCCGACUCCAGCCAGCUGCACCCCGACUACCUGCUCAUGUGGUGGCAGCUCUACACCAAGUCUGUGCUGCCGGUGCUGCAGCGGGCCUACGGCGACGCGCCCUUCAACAGCGGCUUCAUCGAGGCCACGGAGGACAGUGAGCUUUGCGAGGAUGUGACGGAGCAGCCCGCGGCCUCUGUCCCUCCUCCCCCGAAGGUCUCGUCAGAGGAGAGGAAGCACCGCUGGGAAGCGGGCCAGAUCGACUACAUGGGCGACGACUGCUUCGCCAACAUCGAGCGGAAGCUCAACUCCUUCUUGAAGUAGCGGGGGGGCGGGCGAGGGAGCACCAUGGACGGAGAGAGAGCACCGGCUGACGCUCUGUCGGGGUGGGGGGGGGGGCGUGCGCCACCACCCGUCAUUAGCAGGUGACAGGACGGCUGCGUCUGCGCAGCCUUAAGCUUCACUCUUUGCGUCAGUUCCACUGUCCACGCACUCUUGGCAUCUUCGUUUUUCCACCUAAAAGAAAAGUUUGACAUUUGGGGAUUGCGCUGAUUCACUCGGUUGCCGACGGUGAGGACGAGAAGAUUAAUAUCACUCGCAUGACUGUGUGACUGUUUGAAGCUCGUGCCCGAUAACGUCAUCUGUGUCCUGCACUUUAAAUGCUAAAAACUUCCACGCAGAUGCUUGUGAGGUGAUGAAAGUACAUUUAAAUAGACACAUUUAAACUGCUCAAGCACAAAUAUUCUUUCCUACAUGGGCUGGUUCUCUGCUUAAAGUUGCUAUUUAUCUAUAGUGUGAAUUGAGUCAGAUGAAUGUUGGUAGAACUUAAUCUUUUCAUCCAGCUCUGGGCAACAAGAAAGUGAAUAAACAGCUGCUUCCCCGAAUGCUGUAACUGUUCUUUUAAGUGUUCUGGUGCGUCCGAUGGAACCGGAUUCACAGCCCUUCGUCUUCCUGUGGAAACGUUCAGCAACAAUACAAACUUGGAUCCUGGAUCGUACCACGCCGCCUCUCCUGCACUAAACCCCUCCACCUGAACCACUUUUCUCCUGCGGUCGGUCCCGCUUCAAUCCCACCAUGUUCACCUCAGCGGAGGACACGGACGGAUCUGUGCCUCCGACACCCGCCAGCUCCCCGUGGCUGCAGCUUUGUAACGUCUGGUGUCGUAUUAGGGCCGGGCCUGUUGUUGUAUUUGCAUGGCACAGAGUUAAAACUUCAGUCAAUAAAGAGACAAAAGUACAUCCCCUGACAUCUUUAAGUGAUUUCAUGUGUUUGUGUUGCCCCCCAGACACAUGUACGCGUGUCCUGCAUGUUAUCAGACCCACAGCCGUGUCUUUGUGCCAUGACCUGGGUUUCAUCGGUUCCUGUCUCUAGUGUUACCGGCUGCCUUAUUGCCUUUCACUGUUUACAAUACCUUAUUUACUGUAACUGCUGCUAGUACCGCCACAGAUUUCUGUUUCCUUUUUCUGUUAGAUAACUCUUUUUUUCCACUGCAGCUGUUUGCUCUUGAGCUAUAAUCUGUAACUUCCUAGCUGUAAUUGAAGUACACUCCCAAUUCCACUAAAAGCUGCCAAGCUUGAGGGAAAACUGUCUGGAAAGGUUAUUAAAUGGAGGAAGUGUAGUGAAAUCAGUUAAUACAGGUCUGUUCUUAACCCCAGAUGUUAAUGUCCAUCACUGUAAAAGUGCUAAUAAAGAACUGAUUAAAUCCU